UAGAAAAACUACAAUAAUAGAAAAUAAAAGAGAAAGUGCAGUUUGAAAUAGACUCUUAUGUCGAGCAAUUCAGAGAACGACCGAUAUUGGCACAAAUGUGGGAUUCAGCAGAGGUAGGAAUUAAUAGAGGUAGGAAUAGAUAAUGUGUCUCGGUAUAAAUAUAAUUGAAAUAUAAUUCGAAAAUUUGUGGAGGAUAAAUGGAGCAGUAUACAGACAAUGGUGAGUGCAGGAGGAAAGGAAAAAGAAAGAAAAGGGGGUGGUGGUCAAUAAGCUGCCUCUCAAUCGAACAGCAUAAAGAGAGCGGUGAGCGGAAGAAGGAAGGAAUGGACAAUAAACUAGGCCUCGCCCCUUUUCCAGUACAAGUUUUCAGUCAGGUCGGCUCACAGCAAUAUAAAGAGAGAAGAGGUUCCUAAGCGUGCAUAGAGUGUUUUGAUACUCGUAGCAGUAUGUCUGGUCGCGGCAAAGGCGGUAAAGGACUCGGAAAAGGAGGGGCUAAGCGCCAUCGGAAGGUACUUCGUGAUAACAUUCAAGGUAUUACUAAACCGGCUAUUCGUCGUUUGGCUCGUCGUGGUGGUGUCAAGCGUAUUUCUGGGUUGAUCUAUGAAGAGACCCGUGGUGUGCUCAAAGUUUUUCUCGAAAACGUGAUCCGUGAUGCUGUUACUUACACCGAGCAUGCGAAGCGGAAGACUGUGACAGCCAUGGACGUGGUUUACGCUUUAAAACGACAGGGUCGUACUUUGUACGGAUUCGGAGGUUAAGCUUUUCUUUUGACUUAAGUUAAAAAUCAAAUAGCAAGAAACACAAAGGCUCUUUUAAGAGCCACCCAUAUUUUCGCAAUAAGAGUUGUAUUGCUAAAUAGUCUUAUGAAAGUACAAUGUAUUAUAUUUCAGUUAGAUAGGGUUUUUGUAUUGUCUUAGUGGUUUUGCUUGAUAAAACAUGCAUUGGAAAUGAAAUAGAAAAUAAA